GAAAGAAGUCCUUUUCAUGCGUUUCCAUGGCAACCAUUUUCACAACUAACUACAAAAAGAAGCAAAACAGACAAAUUUGAUUGUUCUUUAGAAAAAUGUUAAAAACUUUAGCAAGAAUGGAGUCUAUGGACUUGAAUCUUCUUUGGGAGGAUAAGGAAGUUAAAUUUGAUGUGCCACAAUUGCAUAAACACUUGCGGCAGGGUGAGAAAAUUUUGGAUUACAUUUAUCACAUGGAAGAUAGUAAAGGAAAUCCAGGUGACACAGGUCGUCUGUUGGUUACCAAUUUGCGUAUUAUUUGGCAUUCCCUGGUCCAUAAAAAAUUUAAUUUGUCCAUUGGUUAUGCACGAAUCGGGAAUACCAGCACAAAAAUUGUGCAUACCAAGGGAAGGAUACCCAGUCAGGCUCUAUAUAUAUUGGCCAUUAGCAAUGAGACACGUUUCGAAUUCCUUUUCACUGAUGUCUCGGGUGAGACAGCUAGAAGGGAUCAACCGAUAUUUGCCAGCAUUUUCGAUGUCUAUCAAAUAUAUCAGCGAACCUAUUUGUAUCGAGAUCUUAAGCUACGUGGAGCAAUUAUUCAGACAGGACAAUUAAUUAUACUACCCAACGAGCAAGUCUAUAGCCAAGUUCAGGGCGUAUGGAAUCUGUCCAGUGACCAGGGAAAUCUAGGCAGCUUUGUGGUAUCGAAUAUACGUUUGGUUUGGUUUGCCGAUGCCAAUGAGACAUUCAACAUAAGUUUGCCCUAUCUGCAAAUUGAGAGUUUGCGCAUACGAGAUUCCAAGUAUGGCCCAGCUUUGGUCAUACAAACGGCUGAAACGGGCGGUGGUUAUGUCUUGGGUUUUCGUAUUGAUCCCGCCGAACGUUUGAAUGAACUCUACAAGGAGUUAUCCUCACUGCAUGCCAUCUAUUCGGAGCAACCUGACUUUGGAGUUCAUUAUGAUGUCCAAGAUGCUAAACAACGUCUUGCCGCUGCCGCUGAGGAAGCUGCCCAGAUUGCAUCACAAUUUAGAAUUGAAGAUUUUCAAGAAUUGGAUGAGCGACAAGAGCGUGAGAUAAAUACGAAAUUAAAUCGCUAUCUGGCUGAGAAUUGUCUGGGCAAUUGCAAUAAUGGGAGUGCCAGAAGUGAGCAUACGACUCGGCCGAAUCCUGUUUAUUGCAAGGAAUUGGGCUUCGCGAUGGAACGCAUACGAGAUGGUUACAAAUUGCAAGACUUGUGGAACGUAAUGCCCACCAAAAUGGAUACAUUGGAUGAAUGA